UGACAUUUUUGGAGAUGUUGUACCCUGGAGCUGCGAGCGUGCUGGAUGUAGGGAGGGAGGGAAAAAGAAAAAGAAGACACGUUAAAAUGAAUUUUAGAUUUAUAACCGUCUAGCUUUGACCCUGUUCCCUGCAGCUAUGCAUCAUGGGAAAAUGUCAUGUCCUGUUUUGGUUGGCAAGCUGAGAUGGGCUGGAGAGCUGCAGUCACUGAUCAUGAACACGAACACGCGCGCACACACACACGUACACACACACUCCUCGAGGAGGAUGAGUCUGCCCAUGCAAUUGGUCACAAGGUUGUUCUUGACGUCUGUAUGUUGUUGAGGGAUGUGAAACCAUUCGAUCAGCAUGCAGUCUCACGCUGUCUGACUGAGAUUCAUGUCACACCUCCUUGUGUCCCUGGGAACAUGAAUGCUUUGUCUUUUUUGAACCAAUUACGACAUUCAGGCUUUCUGGCUCAUUUACAAGCGAAAAUAACUUGUCGUUAAGACAAACGUUGCAUUCCAGUGCCUUGAUGGAUAACAGUGCUUUAGGUCUUGUUCUAUGCUGUUUAGUCUUUUUUUUUACCCAUGCAUCUCUGCUGAGGAAGUGUGUGGGCUGAGCUGUCAUCCUGCCGUCCUGGUACUGGUUGGCACCAAAGGCCUCUGUUUGUGUGCCUUCAUGAGGAGGGAAAGACGAGACCAGAGAAAGACGAGAGGAGAAGGACACCUCGGGUUUUUCUUCCGGAAACCUUAGACUCUCUUUCUUACUCUCUCUGUUUGGACUUCCUUACUCCCUCAUCCAUUUCUGAGUGCUCCUGACCCAGCGGCACAGCCGGCCAGCUGGAAGGGCAGAGCCGAACAGGCAUGCACACCCUCUCGUUUCAGUCCUCCUAGAGCUCGAUUCCUGUGUGUUUUUCCGAGAUUUGCUUGUAGCGAGGCGAGCUCUUCGAUUGAUCCAUUGUGAAAGGCUUUGAAAGGGAGGAGGCGAGAGAGGAGAGCCCCGAGAGCUCCCUCUGAGUCGGCAGCAGGGGUCUGAAGAUGACCUUCACGUGCUCUUGAGAUCAGCACUCAUCCGUUUGGUUUCUUCACAACAAAGGGAGAUGAAGGAACAGCUGGCCACUCUGCAGGACAGUGAGAAGGGACACACUGAGGCCCUGCUGCUUCUCCAGAGGCAACUCACAGAGACCAAGUCCUCGGCCAAGGGCCUGCGCGCCACCAUCGGCGAGGCGUUUGAGCGCCUCCAGCGGUUCCUGCGCGAGCGCCAGAAGAGCAUGCUGGAGGAGCUGGAGACGGACACGGCGCGCACGCUCGCCGAUAUCGAGCGCAAGAUCCAGCGCUACAGCCAGCAGCUGCGCGACGUCAAGGAGGGCGUCCAGAUCCUGCAGGAGCGCCUCAACGAAACGGGACACCACGACUUCCUGGAGGGCGUGGCCCUCACCUCCGAGAGGAUCAAGGGGAAGAUCCACGAGACCAACCUGACCUACGAAGACUUCCCCACGUCCAAGUACAUGGGACCUCUCCAGUACACCAUCUGGAAGUCUCUCUUCCAAGACAUCUCGCCAGUCCCAGCCGCCCUGACCCUCGACCCCAUCACCGCCCACCAGCGCCUCAUCCUCUCCGACGACUGCACCAUCGUCGCCUACGGCAACCUGCACCCGCAGCCCCUCCAGGACUCGCCGCGGCGCUUCGACGUGGAGGUGUCCGUGCUGGGGGCCGAGGGCUUCGGCUCGGGGGUGCACUACUGGGAGGUGAUGGUGUCGGAGAAGACCCAGUGGAUGAUCGGCGUGGCCAACGAGAGCGUGAGCCGCAAGGGCAGCAUCCAGAUCCAACCCAGCAGGGGCUUCUACUGCAUCGUCAUGCACGACGGCAACCAGUACAGCGCCUGCACGGAGCCCUGGACGCGCCUCAACGUCAAGAGCAAGCUGGAGAAGGUGGGAGUCUACCUGGACUACCACAAGGGCCUGCUGGUCUUCUACAACGCCGACGACAUGUCCUGGCUCUACACCUACCGGGAGAAGUUCCCCGCCAAGCUCUACCCGUACUUCAGCCCCGGGCAGAGCCACGCCAACGGCAAGAACGUCCAGCCGCUGAGGAUCAACACCGUGCGGCUCUGAGGCGCGGACGAGCGGUCGAGGGCCGCGUCCGUGCUGGGAGUUAAUUCCGGAAGGACUUACGAGUCGUGUGAGAAAACGACCCAGGGCCGCUACGGCGGAGCUGGGUGGUUGUUUUGAAACUGCUCUGAACCGGUUUGAGUUCCCUCGGUUGGUUGUAUGUGUGGAUGAUGAUCCUAUGGGACCUCUGUGACAGUCAUGGACCGGCCCACCUUGCACAGGUCUGGGGCUCCUGUUGAUCCACUGCUUGUCUCCCCAGGCAAGCCGACAGACAGACUCGACCUUUUGUCUCCGCUGACAGACAGAUGGAUGUUAGAGACUUCUGUGUCGUUGACUUGGCUGUGUGUGUGUGUGUGUGUGUGUGUAAUGUGUCUUAAGGGCAGCACCUUUCCUUUGGCACAGCGAGCAGUUGAAGCCUUCUGUCCCCCUGAAAAUGAUGUCACAGUUAUUCAAUAUAUAUGAUCAAAUGAUUAUUGUUUUAUCCUCAGGAUGUGUGUGUGUGUGUGUGUGUGUGUGUUUCGAUGUGUCUGACUGAUCUGUGACAGUCUGUUGUUCUGUACAAGUGUGAUGGUCUGUGUCACUUUUGGGUAAGGAGAAUGUCACCGCCCCUCUCCCCAGUCCUUGUGCCUGGGUUCUAAUACAUGAAACUGGAACACGGGAUGUGCGCUUGAUUUGUCUCAGAGUUUGCACUUCUGGGACUGUUGCAUUGUUCUCAUGCUACUGGGUAAAACCUAUAUCAAGUGCACCUGAUUUAUAGGCUUUGAGAUGGGCGGGGAAGUGUGUGUCUAAACAGUAUUUAUCAGUGCUGGCGUUUCCGCUGCUCUUCCUCGAUUGAUUCAUGGAUACCUGUGGACCUCCAGUGGUGGAACUCUACAUGUACCUGGUUCCCUCUAUACUGGUCAUGAUGGCACUCGAGAACAUUCCAUUCUUCCGCUCCCUCCCUUGUCCAAUCGGAUCACUGUCCUCUUGUCCAAUCAGAAGGAAAGGAACCCUGCACCGUGACUCAUCACACCACAUGAACCUCCAGAUGAAUCAUCGUGUCGUUCUACCUGUUUCUUUUUUCUUUCUUUUUUGCGUUGAAUUGCUACACACACCAAAUAUGUUUGUUUGUUUGAAUGCUGUAAUGCCGUUCUGUAACACCAGUAUAAGUGGAUAAAAUAAGGAUUGUGCUCUGCUGUCCCUGUGCUGUGAACAGGACCAGCAAUGUCGCUGCCGCAGCAGAAACUUCUGUGCUUCUCUGCAGCCUGACUCCUCCCAGGUGCCUCAAGUGCUCUUGUUUGUGAUCCAGUGAUUUUAGACAAGUACCCUGUAUCCUAUGAUAAGCGCAGAGAGAUGGAGACAGAGUGGGAAAGAGAGAGAGAGAGAUUGAGUCAGAGUGGGAGGGAGAGAAAGAGGAAAUGGGAGAGAGAUAAAUAUAGGGCUAUCCGAGCACAUGCUCCUUCGGGGACUCAUUGUCAACCACCGCAAGAGUCAUUCUAACAAGACAGUGAAUGUGUGAGAAAGGGAGAAAGUGGAAGUAGGUGAACAACAACAAAAACAAUUACAAAUAAAUAAAGUAUUUGCACCUCCGGUUCUGCCCUAAUCCCCCCUCCCCCCCUGCCCCCCCCCCCCCCUCUGCUGUUGUGGCUCUGUGUGUUUUUCCGUGUGUUUUUCUGUGUUGUUUCACAUGAAAUCAUUUUGAAGGGGCAGUGCCCUGCGAUGUUGGAUGUGCCAGUAUGUUCCAGUAUGUUCCAGUAUGUGCAGUCUGAGGCUUCCGGGCGGCCUGUCUGUGGGAAGCACAACUGACUCCACAGGUCUACCCCCCAGCAGGGCCUACGAGUUAGUCUGACGCCCUCUCAGAGGAUCCACACAACAGCGUACAUGUGCCACGCCACGAGGACACGAUCGAACAAACUGAUCAAAUUCAUCAUUUGUUAUACACCUGUGUGGUUUGUCACGUUCAGCUGGCCAACUCUGGGACCCUGCUGGUGGGUAUAGUCCUGUGAUGUUGGUUAUAUAUAUAUACAUAAUUAUAUAUAGCAAGAGAUUAUCAUUUUAAGUGGGUUGGUGGUGGUGGUGGGUUGGUGGUGGAACUGUAGGAUUUUUCAAGAUGAUUGUGUGUCUGGACGAUGGUGGCUGUGGAUUCAUCACUCUGGUGUGCUUCUGCUGCUAGAGGUUCCUAACAUGUUUUAAUGUACAAUAAAUGACUGGUGAAACCAAG